GGUCAUCGCCCACCGGGCAGCAGCUCUCAGUCAAGCCACCCCAAGCGCAACCGCUUCUUCCCGGAACGCGCCUCGUCCGGCGGGACGGAAGCCCUUCUUCCUUCCCCUCCCCAUCCGCCGUCGCCGCCCCGCAAGAAUCGACGCGAAUUAGGCCACCAUCUCCUGCCCUCCAGCCUCCUCCCUAUUUCUCUCUCCCUUCCCCCUCCCGCAAAACCCGCACCGGUUGGUAGGCGCACCUGGACUCCGCUUCCCCCUCCCAAAACCCUAGCGGGGUUCCGGCCUCCCUGGCCAAUCCGAUCGACCGCUGCCGCGCGCAUUUGUUGAUCAGUCGAGGUUUGACUUUGUACUGCUCCCAAGAUCAAGAUCGCAUCGCCAGUGGAAGCCUCGGAUAGGGGGUUAAAUAGCGCUGUCUGACUGCGCUGCGCCAUUAAUAACCUUUGGGUUUGAACUGCCCCGGAGGCUGUGACCCACUGGCCAUCCGGGGUACAUUGCAACUGACGGAACCCCCUACAGCCUGCGCCCCGCGAUAUGGCGACAGCGACAAUGGCAACCGCAGCAGGUGCUGCGGCGCUGCUUUACUACACGCUGAACCGCCGCCUGCACACAGAGAGGCUGAAUCAGGAAGGGGAAUGCAGCAAUAGCAGGGAUGUGGCGCCCAGGGCCGUGCCGGGUUCUCCCAGCAGGAGCCGGGUGUCGCGGAGAGACGUCCGUGCCCCUGCCACCUGGCUUGAGACUAUCUCGACGCUGUCAGAGACGCUGCGGUUCACGUACUCGGAAACCCUUGGGAAGUGGCCGAUCGGUGACCUGGCGUUCGGGAUCAGUUUCCUCCUCAAGAGACAGGGAAACUUAUCUGUAGCAAGCAUAUACGCUGGAAAUGAUAGUGUGGAGCUCAAAGGAGCUGAAGUAAUUGCUGACUUAAAGUAUCUUCUCAAUUUGCUGACACUUUGCUGGCAUUUCUCCAAAAAGCCAUUCCCGUUGUUUUUGGAGGCGACUGGCUACUCUGUGGAGGAUGUUCUUAUGCAAGAGCCUAAAGCAGGAAUUUUGAAGCCAGCUUUCACCAUUUUGCUUGAUAGAGACAAAAAAUCCAUACUUCUAUUAAUAAGGGGUACUCAUAGCAUCAGAGAUACAUUAACAGCUGCCACUGGUGCUGUGGUUCCAUUCCACCAUACAAUUGUACAGGAAGGUGGUGUUAGCGACUUAGUACUAGGAUAUGCUCAUUUUGGGAUGGUUGCAGCUGCUAGGUGGAUUGCGAAGCUCUCAGGGCCUUGUCUGGCACAAGCAUUGCACAUGUACCCAGACUUUAAAAUAAAGGUUGUUGGACAUUCACUGGGAGGCGGUACAGCUGCUCUGUUGACAUACAUUCUGAGGGAGCAGAAGGAGUUUGCUUCUACUACUUGUCUGGCGUUUGCUCCAGCUGCAUGUAUGACAUGGGAACUGGCAGAGUCUGGAGUGCAUUUUAUCACUACAGUCAUCAAUGGAGCUGAUCUGGUUCCAACAUUUUCUGCUGCGUCAGUAGAUGAUCUUCGUUCAGAGGUUACAGCAUCUGCUUGGCUAAAUGAUCUCCGUCACCAAAUUGAACAAACCAGAAUCCUAAGCACCUUUUAUCGUUCAGCAUCAGCCUUGGGAUCACGACUUCCUUCUAUGGCAAAUGCUAAAGCAAGAGUAGCUGGUGCUGGUGCCAUCUUAAGACCUGUAUCUACCGGGACACAGGUUGUAAUGAGGAGAGCUCGCAGUGUAGCACAGGCAGCAUGGACAAGACCCGGACUGCAACUGUCCUCAUGGGCUUGUAUUGGGCCAAGACGGCGAAAUAAUGUUUCAUCUACUUCGACUGUCACAUCAGAGGAAAUAAGAGCAUCUACAAGCGGUGGAUCCGAAUCCACUUCGCUGUUGACUGAAACAACCGUAGAAACCUCAGAGACAGUUACAUCAGAAGCUGUACCAGAAGAGGUUCAGAGUUCCGUUGCUGUGGCGGUCGAUGCUAUUGGUUUGGUAGAUGACAAGGUAGAUAGCGAUGAUGACAUCGAUGAUCACCAUGACGAGGACAGGAUGACUGAUGUGGAGCUGUGGCAGCAACUCGAAAGUGAGUUGUACCGGAAGAGGGAGGGAGAAGAUGAUGACAUAGUGGAAGAUAUGACUGAAAGUACAAUUGCUGAAGAGGUGGGUGGCGUAGCUGAAGAUGUGCUCAGUGAGACCAAGGAAGUGCAUAGGUUCUAUCCUCCUGGAAAAAUCAUGCAUAUAUUAACUUCCAGCAGGGAAGAAACAGUUCAUGAAGAGGAACCUGAUGUUCAUCAGGAUGAUGCGACGAAUGGGGAGUCACAUAGCAGCAUGGGGAUCUUCUUGACGCCAAGAUCUCUGUACGGCAAGCUGAGGCUUUCGAAAAUGAUGAUCAAUGAUCAUUACAUGCCUAUAUACAGAAGAAACAUCGAGCAGCUGAUCGCUGAGCUUGAGAAGGAUACCUCUGAUCCUAUGGGUGAUAGGCUUAACACUACAUAGUUCGAUACAGAAGUUCGAUACAGAUAGUCCGCUGUAGUUGUUGACCGUUGUAAGAGCUGAUCAAAUAGGAUGCUAGGUCCGACAUGUGUAUCUAACCAACUUAAAUUUUAUCACUGCUCGCCACAACUCUACUGUGCCCUGUUCUUGAUGCAUUUCA